GGAAAACAGACAUCCGGGAGAUACAGUCGAUACACGUUGGGGCGAUUGCUACUUGAUUCAGUAAUGGCGACCUUUAAACGUAGAAAAACGUUACCUAACUCCGUUCAACCAAGUGGAUAUGAAUCCAAAACGCAUCCAUCGGCAUCACCUUCAAAUGAUGAGGAAUGGUCCACAGAAAAACUAAUUGAAGCAUCACGACAACUCCCUUUGCGACUCGAGAGGUUAGAGCAUGAAAAUAAAGAUCUCAGGCAACAACUGCAAAGGUAAACAAUUUGAGAAGUUCUGUUCAUUUGAGGCCAUGUAGAUUGCAAGAUAUUAUAAAAUUCUUUAAAUAAAACCGGCUGAAAUUGUUUGCUUAUGUAAUGAUCUCAUUGCUCACAAUGUAGACGCAUUUGUGUAUGCACAAUGAAAUGUUACAGUCGUUAUUAUCGUCACAGAAAUAUCUGCCCUGUCUAAUGCCUACUCCGCAGGGAAAUAAAUGAAUAAAUACAUAAAUUAAUCAAUUAAUCCGUCACAGGGAUAAAGUAUUCUGGUAGUUCUUAACUGUUGUGAUCAUUUAGCUGUUAGGAAAGGAGGAAUGGUUAGAAUCUUUCCGUCACGCUUGCAUUGACAGGACUCUUCUGUUCCUCAGGCGUGACAAACGGAAUAUAAUUAAUGGUCGACACUGACGGAAAUUCUUGAAAGCUGUUAGCAUAUUAAGCAACACCUAAAUGAGGUAGAUUAUCAUUUACGAAUGAUUUUGACUUCUCUUCAUUAUCGGUAGCCUCCACCAAAGUCAUAGUAAUGAAAAUAGGGAAUUAUCAGCGGAAGUUCAAAGACUGAGACAAAGGUAACACAAUUGUGGAGAGUAACACCUGCUUUAAUCCUUACCCACACCCUUAAACCAAACUUGUUUCUACCUGUUCAUGAAUAUCUUCCUGGACAUUACCCAAACAAGCACAAUUAUCCACUAAAACGAAAGCUAGUUCAAAUUGAAUUAAAGGACAAUUUAUUUUUAAUCAGGGAGUGAACAUGUCCUUGUCUCUUUGUUAGUGGGUUUCCUUGAAUAUCAUUCCUAGAGUAGCUUUUCUUGAAAGAAGCUGAUUGAAUGCCGCCAUUACCUUAAUACCAAAAUGCUACUUCGUACUCUCUCCCUACUUCUUCUGUUGCACAUCGCAUUAUAUUUGUGAUUUAUUUCCUUCUUGCUAUGUUUGAUACAGAUACUUCUUUUGAAUUUUUUUUGAAGGAAAUGUUACUAGCUGAUAUAUAAUCGAAGGUACGACAAUCGAUUGACUCAAUUAACCGGCAACUCUUAUUUUCAACAAGGCUUGCUACUGUGGCAGAGAGAAAAGUCAACAUGAACCAAAGAAGAACUGAAAACACGUUGAGCUCAAACAGGCAGUCUGAGCUUGAGGCAGAAUACAGGAACAACUUUAGGGAUGGAAAACGCCUUGACGCAGUGGAAUUGAUUGAAAAAAAAAUGAAGAAAAGUCGAUCUCAAGAGCUGUCCGUAGAAGAUCAAUUAAAGGCGUACAGGCUUGCAUGUUAUAUAUUUGAGGUGAUUUGUUUGUUCUGUAAAAUGUCGUGGAGUUGAAAUAUAAUUUAUUUUAUUCAUACCGUGCGAGAUCAGAUGCCAUGGCAGAAAAUUUAUAUUGCGCAUAGCCCGUGAAGAUAAAUUCGUUACCUGUUAUCUUGUGCGCGGGUCAACGUACGAAUAGUAAUAUUGUGUACAUUAUAGUGAGGGUCUUAGGGAUGAACAGUCAAACAGAUAUUUUUUUCAUUUAUUCCUUUAUAUUUUUUCCAUUUCUUAUUUAUUAUUCUUAUUUAUUCAUAUAUUAUUGGUCUCUAUUAUUUUUUGAUUUAUAUGCAAUACAUCCGCACUUUUAUAACGCGCCUACAAACUGAAAUUUUCCAGAUCUACAAGAUCUCUUUCUCUGUCUCCAUACAAUUCAUGUACAAGUUUCUUUCUUUCAGUUAUCUUACGAAUGUGCAGAGAAGGCGAGAAUUGGCUUUUUAUCCUACUACUCAUCGCUUUUGGACACUUUAGUUACUGAUGCACCUUGUGUUGGUUUAGGGGAUGGUAAAUAUAAGGUUUGUGAUCUUUAGUGCUGUAAUGUUUAUUUAUCAUUUUAACAAGCUCUUCCUUAUUUGAGUUGUUUUCUAUGAAAGGAAGAUAAAUAUUUUAUACGUACUUUUACAAUCCAUAAUUAUCAGUUUCAUACUACAGUAAUGAAAGGGCGUGCGAAUACGUUUACUUUUGUUUUGGCUUCGUUGGUUUGGUUUUUGUUUGUUUUUUUGUUUGUGUUGUUGUUAUUUAUUUCAAAAUAAAAAAAGGCGCGGAAGACGCCCGUGGCAUGGAGUUUGUGAAGAUGACCAGGCCGAUAAUUCGAAGAAAGGUCUUCAGAAAUUAAGAAAGUAAUUGAAAAAAAAAUUAUAGAUGCCCAAUUGUACAAACAGUUCAGUUGAAAAUUCAAACCGACAACUUUGAAACUGAGUCGUAUACUUUUACUGUCAUGAGAUUAAGUAUAUCUCUUUCUAUUCCUAAGCUUCCCGAUGUCCUACCUGCUAGACCGAAAGAUGUUCCACAAGAUUACACCAAUGAAGUCAUGGUCUUCGUUAAAGAGGCAGCUGGAAGGGAGAACCUUAAUUUGGAAAAGCUUGUGAAGGCGAGAUAACUUUCAUUGACAAUCUACGUUUGAAAUGUUGUUGUCUUUGUUUUUAAUUUUUUGCGUGUGUUUUUGAUCUUUGCUUUUUUUGGUUAAUUUUUCAAGCUGGGUUCGAAGUAUUUGACUAUAUUGCUUAUAGAUACAGCAUGUUAUACAUUUCGGUCGUAUCCUUCCAUUCAUGGAGUUUACCAAACUGUUUGCUUCUUUAUUUGUAUUUAUUGAAUAAUGCAACUUAACAAUGACACAUGUAUUACGUAUUAUUUCAAUCCGCACAGGCCGUAAAGAGAGAACUGAAGGUAAAAUGGAAGGAAAAUAAAAAGAAAGAGGAAAUCCUUCCAAGCUUUGAUAAAAGCCUCAAAAAGGAACUAAAAGGGUACAUUGAGUACUGCACACGAUUUUCGUGGCGGGCUGUUACCCAAGUCCCUCCGCUCAAAAUCGAUUACAAUUCUUGGACCUUUAACCCACUAUCUCACAGUGAAAGCCAAGCUUUUCCGUCGUUAGCUAAACCAAAUGCGUCUCAACGGUGGGCCAGCACCCAAGGAGGUAAACGGAUUUAUUGUUACCUAUGGCCGACACUUUACGAUUGGGAAAACAGAGUUAUUGCCAAAGGGGAUGUCGUUUUGACAGGGCGUAGCUCCGUUGGCUCUUACGUUUGACAAGCUAUGACUACCGGCAUAAUUAUGACUCAGCUUAUAAUGGAAAAAUUUUCGGUUCAUGUGCAACUGGAGAAACACUCACUUUUAUUAGAAUAAGAAAGAUAGUCAACUGAAAAAGAAAUUUGACUUUUUGAUUUUUGGAAGGAUUUGUCUUUGCCAUUCGAUUUUUACUUUUGAGACUAUUUCUGUAAAAGUCGUAAAUCGACAGGAACAAAAACUUAUUGUAAAACGUUUAGUACCUCUGAAAAAUCAAGUUAUUCUAUGUAACUGUAUAGGAGAUAAGAACUGCGUAAAUAGUGGACUAAAGACAGUUCUAUCGAUUUGAAAACAGCACAGGUAUCUCAAACUCACUGACUCGCUGGACUUGUCAUGAAAACAACCAUUUCAUUUUAAGAGUGCUAGAGUGUGUAAUUUGCACUUCCUAUGUAAGAACAUGGUAAAAUGCAGCACACGUUUUAUUUAAUAAGAAGCCUACCUUGACACAAAAUUGACCGGCUAGACCAGUUAUAGACCCGUCUUUUUUUAGUGAGUAACAACUCGAAUCUUUAGGUGUGAAUUUUUGUCUGUAAAUAUUCGCCAAUUUUCAACAAGUUUGUUACGACUGGAGUGGUUUAUUAAACUGAUUACUUCUUUGACCACUCACAUCAAUAUAUCAUCAAUAUAUCGUUGUUUGAUUUCAACUGAGUCAGUCGUUUUGUUUUGUUAGUUUCUGUUAGUGCCGUGUUACUUUUAUUUAAAACUUUUACUGCAAGACCAGCCUACGCCACAAAUUGUAAGUUCGUCAGUUUCUUUUUCAUUCAGAAUAUUUUUUGUAAAUUGAUUUUGUUGUUUUUUUUGUAAUUCGUAGUGACAUAUCUGCAUUCAUUUGUUUUCAGUCGAAUCAUGUCCAUCUAUCUUUAUAUCUGAAAACAUGUCUAUCUGAAAAAUGACUUAUAUGCGCAUUCACUUUCUUAGUAUUUUUCAACAUUACUUAAACUGCUAUUUGUUUGCUAUGCUGAUGUGACUAGCAAGACUGCCACAUUGUCAUACAAGAAAUAACACAAAAAGUAUGUAAGGACAAUACAUAUAUCUUAUUGCUAGUGUUACUUUGAUAACGAUAUUACAUGUAAUUUUCAGCUGCUCAUCACGUUCAUUGCGUGCGUGGACAAAUUCACUGAGACAGCGUUUCACCGAUCCUCAUUUCUACCGCAAAAAGAUAUGUUGAAAUUCAGCAAUACAAAUUUUCAGCGAGGUGGAGUAAAACAGUCGAUUUAAGAGUAAACUUCUGAUAACUGCAUAUUUGUACGCUUUCUAACCUUUGGUAUGAGCGAAAAUCUGAAUCGACACCAUAGGGCCUAAUGAGCAGAUAUGCCAGAUAGUCUUGUGAAAGAUUGGUCUAAUGUCUCAGACCAAUCUUUCACAGGACUAUCUGGCAUAAUCACAAUUCAAAGUUCACAUUGUGAUAGAGCUGGUAGAAAAAAGUGAGCUUAUUUUUAAGUAAAGUCUUGGGAGAAUCCAUUCCGACAAUUUUCCCUUCGCCAAGCAGUACUCAGACGUCAAAACAGUACAAUGAUUCAUCUCUUUACGAAUUAUGCUUUGUAUAAGUUCAUCCCUUUGUGUAUCCACACUGGAUGUUGCUUCAUCCAAACAAAAGAGCGCAGCGGAUCAACUGCCGCUCUCCGACACUGAAAUUAGCACCAUUUUCUGUCACGUGACAGUAAAGUUGACCAUCUCUAUUACCACAGUCGACUUCAGCUUAACUUUGUCCAAAAUAUUCCGCAAUUCUUCAACAAUAAAUUUGUCAGCUGGAUCAAGACUUCGACGAAGCACUUCAUUAAAUAGGAAAGAACUCUGACUAAUGACUGCCAUCAUAGUGCAAACAUCCUAGACUUUGAGAUCAGUCAUACAAAUUCCAUCGAUAAUGAUGGUGUCGGUGUUUGCUGGCAUGCGCAACAAACAGGCGGUAACUGACGACUUUCUAGUACCAGUCCGUCCAACAUCUAUUUUCUCACCGGGAGUGGCACUAAAGCUGAUGUUUUUCAAGACAGGAGGACCCCCUAGGAAAUAGCUCACAGACGCACGGGAUAGUUGCGUCGUAGCCUGGCUCCGGGUGAAGUUGUGUGGAGCUCAAGACUCGAUCGACGAACAUCACGGAAUUCCCCGUUUCUCCGAUGGGCUGCAGCAUUCACUGAACUGUGUUGGUGAGCCGCAGACAGUAGCAUAUUGAUUAGCCUAAAAAGCUGAAAAAGUAAACAUCAUUUUAUUACAAGACACAAAUGUUUAACUGGAAAACGCUUCACAGGUCAAAUCCAUUGACGAAGAACAAAGUGCUUGCACAAGGAGGAAAGAAGUACUUAAAAUCGUUAAAGAGUUCCCUCCAAAAGAAAAUAGAAGAAGAGGAAUUUAGAAAAUAUCAGCUGCUGAGCUGCAAGAAUCCGAGGAGAGAUUUUUAAGAUCUACAUAAUAGAAAAAGCUUGAAAGGAAUUCUAUUUCUCGGGUAUCAGACAAUUUUACUAUUUUAAUCACUCACUACCGUGUGAUACUGAUGACUAUCGAUCGGCGAUAUUCCAAACAAAACAUGGCAGCUGCCAUAGUUUUUUACCGGUUUCUUAUUUUUUCAUCCCAGGUGUCUUCUCUCUUUUGUAUUAAAUCAAAUCAUUAUUUACGGAGUGUUUCUCUCCAAUUCACGGAUGGUGGUAGCCUAACUUGGUCUAACUUUUGCGAAUCUAUGAAAAUGAAAUAUGCCGAUGAUUUUAAUUGGAGUCCUCUUCCAAAGUUUACCACAAAAAACAAAUGAGUAGCUUGCGUUUCAAAUGAUUAUAGUACAUUAAGCUAUUGAUUGACUUUUCUCCAAAAAAAAAUUUAUUUCGCCAUGUGUUGCUAUUAUUGAUUUUAAAUUAACUUUUUUUCUAAACUACAAAUUAAUUUCCCAGCUUGAGAAUGAGCUAAAUGUUUUUUUUUAUUUUUUUUAUGUCAAGAGUGGCUUUUUAAGGUCUAAAGUAACCUCAUUUCGCUGAUAACGAAAAAAUUACUGAUAUGUUGGCAAAAACUCCUGCUCAAUUGGAUUUUGAUUGUCCCUGAUAGAAACUCGCCGAGUUGGGUUUUCUUCCGCUCCAUGAUAAAAAUUACAGUCGGCUUUCAGAACGCUCCACUUCAUCUCGAAGUGAAAUCUGAUUAACAAUGUGUCAAGUAACAAAAUGCCAAUAUUUACCGAUUCUUUCUUUUAUAACACGCUGAAAUUUAAAGAAAAGACCAAUAAAAAUUGCAAACAUAUAAGCGAAGAAGAACUUUUGGCAAAGACCAGGCGGCAACGAUUCUCCGUUAUUGCUAAAGAGCGCCUGGAAAUCAGUCAACUUGUCAAGUUUGAGAACAAUAUAUUAAAACUAGCCAAAGCUGAUAAUUAAGCUCCAAAAUGUUGCGAAUUCCUAGACUUGCGAUGUAGGUCAGGUUUCCGCACAACUUUAAGGCUUUCGUUUGAGCAGCGUGGAAAAAAACGUCACUAACUUUUCCAUGCCAUAAUAAAGUAAAGACAGGGAAGAAAUCUGGGGGAAAAAAUUUGGAACGCGCUAAAAUAAUUGAUCGAAUCAAAUUUAGCUCAUCAUAACUAGUAAACAGACGUCCACUUUAGUCUUUUUGAAUAAGAGUAUAAUUACAAUAACUAUGGCAACUGAGACCAUGAAAGCUGAUAACCAAUGAUUCCUCUUGCUUUAAAGAAGUUGCUCUAGACCAUGAAAGAAACGUCUAAUAUUUGUUCUUGCUAAACUCAUAAUUUGCCCUUUUAUGACUCAAAAUAGCAGCCAAAAGACAGAACCUAAAUUUGAUCUUUUUGUAAGCUUCUUCAUGCUAAUGAUGAUCAACCAACCUUUAUCAUCUUUAAGGGGUCAGAAAAAAUCUGAUCUCGAGAUUAUAAGCACCAUUAUUCGGUCAUAAUCAGAAAAAGUACUCAGACGAUGUGCAAUUGUCAAAAAAAAGCACAGUGAUUCACCUUUUUGCGAAUGAUACUUGUAUAAGUUUAUCCGCUAGUCUAUCCACACUGGAUGUAAACACACUUAUUCUGCCCUCGAGAGGGAAGUUGGUUCAGUCCCUUCUCUCAAGGCCGGAUGAGGCACCAAAUAUAGAGGGUGCCCCAUCAAGCCAGCUUUCAGAAGACAUGGGCAGGGCUGUCAGCUUUGAAAACCGGAGAUAACUCCUAUCAUGGUAGGCAUCCAGGUUCGUAAGCUGACUCGUAAGCCGGCAUUUUCGUUAAAGUUAAUAACGUAAUUUUACUUGGUCGGAAAAACGAUGUAGAAGAAUCAGUAAUGACUGAUAAAUGGCUAGGACCUUGUUAGUAUCGGUAAAUGAAGUUUUAAUGUUUACUGAAGAGCGGUAAUAUUAUUUGUGGAGUGGCAUUAGUGUUACAUGAAUGAAUAGAAAGAUUGAAACUGUAUGUGCUGAAUGUGUACUUUCAUCUUUGGAUGUUUCCUUUCUUUCUGAUUAAGUGGUUAAAAAGUGUGUCGCACAAACGGAUCUACAUGCCUCUUAAUUUUUCUCUGGAUUACAAUUAAUUUGAUUUAAAUUUUUGAUAAUGGAGUCCAUGAUCCAGAUAUGGCAAGCAGAAUUUGAUUGACUUCUAAUCGACCGAAAAAUCGUGGGAUAUUUGGGUCGUUGCCAUUUUCGGCCGAUCUUACAUGUACGUUUACAGGGGAAAAUUUCCUUUGUCGUUACAUCGAAGAAAACAAAACGAAAAGGAGACGAUUGUGAAAUAAACUAAAACGUUAGCGAAACGUAGACUAAUGAGACGUCGAGGAAUUGACCUGAGAUGCUGAGGAAACGAACGAGGACGUUAGUGAACCGGUCGUUAGCAAAACGGCUCGUAGGCGGAACGACCGCCACUCGUGGAAUUAAAUCAAUUCGCUUUUCUAGAAUCAACAGUCAUAAUGAUUCAUGAAACAACAUAUUAACAUACUAUCGGUUAACUUUCUUUUGAACUGCAUCAAACCGAAAAUCGGCUCCAUCCUUUCAGAAACCGGCUCGAAACUAACUUUCGAACACUUCCUGUUUAUUGCUGAAAGAGUAAACAUUUUAUUGGUUAAAAUAACUUUCGUUCUUAAAUGUGAAAAGAAGGGAAAUUUAUUUGGUAAAACAGCUUCCGUUUCCAAAAAUAACCUCGAAAUAUAAAACUGCAAUUGAAGUCGGACAAUAGUCAAAAUACUGGAGCUGCUGUCCCGACGGCUUAAAAUGAAUACUCUACUGAGCAGUGCAGCAAUUCUAUUCAGAAACUCAAAACGCUCGUUGUUGUACGGCUUUAUGGCUGGAACGACGGUUGGCUUAGAGGAGUUAGUGGGAAGUGUGGUAUUUCACUGUCCGUGUGAGGGACAUUUUGCAUAUGGAUUGGCAUUUCUUUGGGUUCCGGCAAUGCUUUUGUUUCUUGCCGGAAUCUUGGUCGAUAGAGAUCUGUGGAAGUUCGCCACAAUCUGUAAAAGACGUCGGAAGAAAUAUCUGACUUUCCGCUACCUUAAGGCUUUGUUCCUUACACCAUAUGUCUUCAUAAGAGCAUGCAUCGCCCCAGCUGCCUGGCUAGUACUGUCGUUUUUACGGCAACAAUACUACACGUGCGCCUAUUUCGGACCACCUUUAGUUGAUAAAGAUGCCACGAAGUCAAAUACGACUGACCGAUGUCUCCGUUACUUUGAAGCCGGUACCCGCUCGGAGCAACUUGAAGAACGUUACAAGACCCACAGUCAGAUAGCAGGCUGGUCUUUGCUGCUAAUAGUAGUGUCUACUUUGUUCACCUCAAUUUUUAUUCGUCGGUGUCUUAAAAAAGCAAAGCAGCUUGAAAUACCAAGCUUGGAGUAUUACCGCCACAUUGAGGCGAAAGAAGCGCUGGUACGGUUCCAUAUUAAGGCAAAAGAGAUAGCCAAAGAAAGCGCUGAACGAAGCGUAGAAAAGUCAUUCGAGAAGGUUGAGAACAAAGAUUUUGAUGAGCGUAUAAAAGAAGUAUCUCAUGAUGUGUAUUACAGGUACGGAUUGUUCUUUAUUAUUCCAGAGAGUCCUGCUUUUCACACCCCAGAGGGUGUCGCAGAAAAAGCGCCACAGUUUCUCUCGUGUGGAAUCGAUGCCACGGAUAAUCGUCCGAGUUUCUCUAAUGAUCAAAAUUCAGGAAAAAUACUGACUACAUGUGAAUGCCAACACAAACCGAGACAGACAGUUUCGAAAGUCUCUCUUCAUCGCCAAAACGCUGUGACUGAAACAACUGUAUGA